AUGAGUUUCCUCACCUUUAAUCCCUUCAAGAGGGAACGCCAGAACUUCCCAGGAGUCGUGAUUCCUCUAUCUGAGGCUCCGCUCCGCUCCCACCCUGUCGAAUUUGAAAAGGAGAAGGACGACUCCUCUAUCGACCAACCCAAGCCCUUGGAUCGCGCCCCCUCUGCAGAGAAUGGCUCUGCCGGCUCUCUGCCCGAGACCAGCCACUUGACUAUUGAAGCUCUCCGCGCGGAGAUCGACGCCGAGUCAUCGACUGCCGGCCUAGACUCGAUGUAUGACCGCAAAGCCAGGGUGAUCAACAGGGCUAUCCAGGAUAUCGGCAUGGGCCGGUACCAGUGGGAGCUUUUCGCCCUCUGCGGUUUUGGAUGGACUGCAGACAAUCUCUGGCUUCAGGGAGUUGCCCUAACUCUGACCCCCAUUCAAAAUGAGUUCGGUCUCGGAGAAUCUGAAGUCCGUUUCACUACUUGCGCUCUGUUUGUUGGUCUUUGCAUCGGUGCCUCCUUCUGGGGUGUCGCCUCUGAUAUCGUUGGUCGUCGUCUGGCUUUCAACUGCACUCUUUUCCUGGCUGGUGUCUUCGGUCUAGCUUCGGGCGGUGGUCCCAACUGGGUUGGUACUUGUGCUCUGUACGCCUGUCUGGGUCUCGGCGUCGGCGGUAACUUGCCUGUCGAUGGUGCCACAUUCUUGGAAUUCUUGCCCUGUGAAUCUGGUAGCUAUUUGACCAUGCUGAGCGUCUUCUGGCCUAUCGGUCAACUGAUCGGCAGUCUGUUUGCCUGGGCCUAUAUCCCUCUCUUCAGCUGUGACCCCACCGUGGAGACCUGCACCAAGGAGAACAACAUGGGCUGGCGCUAUCUGGUCCUCACCCUUGGUGCCAUCACCUUUGCCAUGUUCUGCGCUCGAUUCUUCCUCUUCCACCUGUACGAGUCGCCAAAGUAUCUGCUGUCUCGCGGCCGCCAGGACGAGGCUGUUGCUUCAGUUCAUGGCAUUGCCUACCGGAACAAAGCCAAGACCUGGUUGACCUCCGAAAUCCUCAACGAAAUCGGUGGUAUCGCUGAGACCAAGGAAGAGGAGAAGCUCUCCGUUGGCGAGAUUAUCAAGCGAUUCUUCUCCAAGUUUUCGAUGGAACGUAUUGGACCUCUCUUUGCCAACAAGCGUCUGGGAUUCACCACCGUCCUCCUCUGGUUCUGCUGGACAACCAUCGGCAUGGGAUACCCUCUCUUCAACGCUUUCCUGCCCCAGUACCUUGGAAGCUCUGCCAGCUCGACCUAUAUCACCUACCGCAACUAUGCCAUCACCUCGAUCGUUGGUGUCCCCGGCUCCGUGCUGGCCUGCUAUACUGUCGAGAUCAAGUAUAUUGGUCGUAAGGGUACCAUGGCCAUUGCCACUCUCAUCACUGGCGUUUUGCUAUUCUGCUUCACUGCCUCUACGGACUCCAACGUCCAGCUUGCCUGCACCUGUCUCGAGGCCUUCUUCCAAAACAUCAUGUAUGGUGUCUUGUACGCCUACACUCCCGAAGUCUUCCCCGCCCCAAACCGUGGCACCGGUACCGGUAUUGCUAGCUGCCUGAACCGUAUUGCCGGUCUCUGUGCCCCGCUGGUCGCCAUCUAUAGCAGUAACACCAGCCCCACGGCACCCAUCUAUGCUUCUGGUGGUCUGAUUCUCGCAUCCUUCGUGGCGAUGAUCUUCCUUCCUAUCGAGACUCGUGGCAAACAGGCCCUCUAA